AUGGAUGUCUUGUGGGCGGAUCCAGCGGUGGUCGGGGGCGAUGCGCGCGCUGGUAGCGGCAGGGAAGGCGGAGAGUACGACGAAGACGACGAGGAGCAGGAGGUGCCGGCGCUGGAGCGACUGGAAGCCGUGUCGCGCCACUCCACCCCGACGCGCUUCUCGCUAACCGCCUCGCCCGAGGUGACUGGCGCGGGCAGGGAAAGGUCCGCUGAGGGCAUUCCACGACCGCGCACUGGAGGGCACGGCGCGCGCGGUAUGCACGACGGCGCGCAGGCGCAGAGGGGCGAUGGGGCGGUCAAGGUCCAUCCGCGCACCCGCGCACUGCGCGCGUCGCACCACCGCCGCUGGGCGUCGUUCGACGGUUCAAAUGCGCUGAACUGGGACGGGGAAGACAUUUCGCGCGCGCAUUCCGCGGAAAAUUCGGCGCGGUUGCCAUGGGGCGGCGCGGCGGAGCAACAGCUGCCGAGCUCGCUGCUCCCCGACAGCCUGCUCCGCGAGUCCUCCGCCUCCGCGGUCGGCGCAGGUUGCCCAAAGCCCUCCGUGCGCCGCACGCGCACGCGACAGCAACGACAACCGCGGCCGAACGCGAGCAGCCAGCUGCAGAUGCGAUCUCGAACCGACCGACUGGACGGCUCGGGUAACCAAUCGGAUGGUGAAGUUGACGGCGGCGGCGCGUUGGCGGGCGAGGGGUCGUCGGACGACGACGAGCUGUUCCGCCCCACGCCGCGGCGCGUGCUGGGCGGCGUGGGAGCGCGGUCCGGCAAGUGGGCUAGCGCGAGCAGCGGGGAACGCGGAUCCGUGCUGGCGGCAUGGCAGCAGCGCGAGCUGGCGCAGGUGGAGGAGAAACUCCGCCACGCGGGCGAUGGCGGAGAGAUGGCGGGGGGCGCGCUGGCGGGUGAGAGUCAGGGGCGGGGGAUGGAUGGAUUGGGCGACGAGAGGCGUAGGGAUGGUGCGCUGGCAAGUGAGAUUAUGACACGUGGACUCUCGGAUGAUGCUGACGUGGAUGCGAGGGAGGAUGGGUCGUGCAGAAAGGGCGAGGCGGGAAGGCGAAGAGGGGAGCAAGGGAAAGAAGGGGGUGAUGGGGAAGGAGGGGAAGGGAGGGAAGAGGGGGAUGAUGUCGGACGCCGGGAGGCAGGCGGAGAGGGGCUGAUGGAGGGCGCAGCUGGUCAGCAGGACGCGGAGGCGGAGACCCAAGUGGGGGAAGACGCGGAGGGGGAGGUGGGGGCGGGGGACAGGGGGGAAGCCGAUGGAGACGAUUUUGAAGGGGGAGGCAAAGUGGACGGGGCGGAAGGGGAGGGGGAAAGCGAGGCGCGCGCUGCAGAGGAGCACAAGGCGGAGGAGGGGGAGGUGCACGAGCAGGGUGGGCAGGGGGAGGGCGGGCAUGGGGAGGGCGGGUGGCCCAAGUUCCUGCGGCGCAAUGCAACCGCGCACGCGGGGGGAAGCAAGGGGGAGAGCGGGGGGGGCGGGGGGAGCCGGCUGGGGCAGCUGCUGCGCAACGGGACAUUCAAGCGCCCGCAGGGGGAGGGCGAGGAGCGCCACGGCAGCCGCCUGGGACGCGUGGCCACUGCCGUGCGCGCAGGGCUCAAGUCCAGUGAGGCGCGGGGGAAAGGAAUGGGGUUGGGGGGGGGAGGGCAGGUGCGCGGGGGUAUGUGGGGUAUGGAGCAUGGGGAGGGGACCACCGAUGUUGCCAUGCAUGCUGCCAUCAGCACUGCCAUGCAUGGUGCCAUCAGCACUGCCAUGCAUGCUGCCAUCAGCACUGCCAUGCAUGGUGCCAUCAGCACUGCCAUGCAUGCUGCCAUCAGCACUGCCAUGCAUGCUGCCAUCAGCACUGCCAUGCAUGGUGCCAUCAGCACUGCCAUGCAUGCUGCCAUCAGCACUGGCAUGCAUGCUGCCAUCAGCACUGCCAUGCAUGCUGCCAUCAGCACUGCCAUGCAUGCUGCCAUCAGCACUGCCAUGCAUGCUGCAGUCGCCACUGCUGCACGUGCUGUGGUUGCUUGCGCUCCACAUGCCCAUCACCGCAACCGCCCUUGUCCCCCCACACAACACAUGCCAUUGCCCAAGGAAACCCACGUCCCCUCACCUCCCAUUCUCAACCCAGCACCUCCCAUACGCCCUCCCGCCCCUCCCCCGCCUCUCCACCCUCUCCCAUAUGCCCUCCCAUGCGCCUUCCCCUCGCCGCCUCUCCCCCCCCCCCGGCCGCCUCUCCACCCUCUCUUUCCUGCGCGCCAGUUCGCCACGGACGGCUUUGCCCGGGAGAACGUGCUGGGAGAGGGGGGCUUCGGCACCGUCUACCGCGGGCUCCUACCAGUAGCCCCGCGGGAGGAGGUGGCGGUGAAGGUGCUGAAGCAGCUGGGCGUGCAGGCGGACGAGGAGUUCCACAUCGAGCUGGAGCUGCUGUCGCGCCUGGACCACAAGAACCUUGUGCGCCUGCACGGCUUCUGCUCCACUGCCUCCCAGCGCAUGCUCGUGUAUGAGUACCUGCCCAAUGGCAGCCUCACCGACCACCUCCAUGGCCCCCCAGGGGCGCCAGAGCUGUCGUGGGAGCGGCGGGUGCGCAUAGCAGCGGGGGCGGCGAGGGGGCUGGCACACCUGCACCGACAGCGACCACAGAUACUUCACCGCGAUGUGAAGGCACCCAACAUCCUGCUCACCUCCAACUUCACUGCUAAGGUGGCGGACUUUGGGUGUGCGAAGCUGAUACGGCGCACGGAGGUGGUGGAGGAUGCGGUGACGGGCAGGCAGGUGGAGCGGCUGUGUGACAGUGUGGACUACGCCAUGGGCACGCCGGGGCACAUGGCCCCUGAGAUGCUCAUGACCGGGGAAAUCAGCGCCGCCACCGACGUGUACAGUUUCGGCGUGGUGCUGCUGCAGCUGGUGACGGGGCGGCUGCCGAUCGACGCCAACCGGCAGCAGCUGACGCUGUGGGCGCCGCCACUGCUGGAGGAGGAGCGCUGGGAGGAGCUCGUCGACCCGCGCCUGCAGCGCGCCCUGCUGGGCCGGGCUGCCGGGGGAGGCGCAGGGGGCGGGCGAGGAGGGGACGAUGCGGCAGGGGCGGGGGCAGCGGGGGAGUUGAGGCGGGUGGUGGCGGGGCGGUCGGUGGGGCGGUGCCUGCAGCUGGCGGGCACGUGCCUUGACAUGGACCCGCUGCAGCGCCCCUCCAUGGAGGACGUCGCGCUCUCCCUGCUCGCCAUCUACAGCUCAGCCUGCGCGGAGCGAGACGAGGCACUGCAGCUGGCAAACGACGGCUUCAGAAGCGGCCGAAUGCUGCCGCCCGCUGGCCCGUCAGACCCCACGCGGGCGGGGUCGGGGGGAAGCGGCAUGCAGGGGGCGGGUGGGGGGGGGAGCGGGGCAGUGGCGGGGGGAAGUGCGCGGCUGGCGGCCAGUGGGGGACUGUCAGAGUCGCCUGAGAGGCCAGCUGGGACCGCCAAGGCCAGAUUCCAAAGGAACCGGUCAGCCCGGCACACGAGCUUUGGAUGA